AAAGACCCUGAAGGUGCGCGGGAACUGCAGGAACGGCGGCCGUCGAUGGAACCUCUUCAAGCCUGGAGCUGAGAAGCUGCAGAUCAGUCGGCUGAUCAGUGGUGGCUCCAUUGUCAGUGCUGAGGCAGUAUGGGAUCACGUCACCAUGGCCAACCGGGAGUUGGCGUUUAAAGCAGGAGACGUCAUCAAGGUCCUGGAUGCUUCCAACAAGGACUGGUGGUGGGGUCAGAUCGACGAUGAGGAGGGAUGGUUUCCCGCCAGCUUCGUGAGGCUGUGGGUGAACCAGGAGGAUGGGGUGGAGGAGGGAACCAGCGAGGUGCAGAACGGGCACCUGGACCCCAGCGCCGACUGCCUGUGCCUGGGCAGGACCGUGCAGAACCGCGACCAGAUGAGAGCCAACGUCAUCAACGAGAUCAUGAGCACCGAGCGCCACUACAUCAAACACCUCAAGGACAUCUGCGAGGGUUACUUAAAGCAGUGCCGGAAGAGGAGGGACAUGUUCAGUGAUGAGCAGCUGAAAAUCAUCUUUGGGAACAUUGAGGACAUCUACAGAUUUCAGAUGGGAUUUGUGAGGGACCUGGAGAAGCAGUACAACAACGAGGACCCCCAUCUCAGUGAGAUCGGGCCGUGCUUCCUGGAACACCAAGACGGCUUCUGGAUCUAUUCUGAGUACUGUAACAACCACCUGGACGCGUGCAUGGAGCUCUCCAAGCUGAUGAAGGACAGCAGGUACCAGCACUUCUUCGAGGCGUGCCGCCUGCUGCAGCAGAUGAUCGACAUUGCCAUCGACGGCUUCCUGCUGACCCCCGUGCAGAAGAUCUGCAAGUACCCCCUGCAGCUGGCAGAGCUGCUCAAGUACACGGCCCAGGAGCACAGUGACUACAGGUACGUGGCUGCUGCCCUCGCCGUCAUGAGGAACGUGACCCUGCAGAUCAACGAGCGCAAGAGGAGGCUGGAGAACAUCGACAAGAUAGCUCAGUGGCAGGCCUCUGUCCUGGACUGGGAGGGGGACGAUAUCUUGGACCGCAGCUCGGAGCUGAUCUACACGGGAGAGAUGUCCUGGAUUUACCAGCCUUAUGGACGGAACCAGCAGCGAGUUUUCUUCCUCUUUGAUCACCAGAUGGUUCUCUGCAAGAAGGAUCUGAUCAGAAGGGAUAUCCUGUAUUACAAAGGGCGCAUAGACAUGGAUAAAUAUGAAGUGGUGGAUAUAGAAGAUGGGAGAGAUGAUGACUUCAAUGUCAGCAUGAAGAAUGCCUUCAAACUGCAUAACAAGGAGACUGAGGAAAUGCACUUAUUCUUUGCCAAGAAACUGGAGGAGAAGUUACGAUGGCUUAGAGCUUUCAGAGAAGAAAGGAAGAUGGUAAAAGAAGAUGAAAAGAUAGGCUUUGAAAUUUCUGAGAAUCAAAAGCGGCAAGCGGCAAUGACAGUAAAGAAAGUCAGUAAGCAAAAAGGUGUGAGCUACUCCAAGUCGGUUCCUCCAGCCUACCCACCACCCCAGGAUCCAUUAAAUCAGGGACAAUACAUGGUGACAGAUGGCAUAUCCCAGUCCCAGGUCUUCGAGUUCACCGAACCCAGACGCAGCCAGGCACCAUUCUGGCAAAACUUCAGCAGGUUAACACCAUUCAAAAAAUAAUACCUAGAGAGAUGGAGAAUUUUAACUUAAAAGAACUAAAAUUAAAAAAAAAAUAAAAAUAAAUAAAAUUAUAUUUAUAGAUGGACCUUUUUUCGGAGAAGCACUGUUGCAACUAAAUAUAUAUACAUAUAUAUAUGUAUACACACAUUUUAAAAAUAAUAAUAUAUAUACAUAUAUGUAUAUAUAUAGAAGGACCAAAAACUUUUUUUUGUUGUUUUUGGGAAGUAAUCUGCUACUAGAUACUAGGAAGCACCAAUGAUUUCUAACCAUGUGACCUGUUUUAUUUUAUUUUACUCCAUUGGUUGGACAUUUUUUUGUUGUUGGAUUAUUUUUUUUUCCUCCUGUUUUCCUUCAUUUCCAUCCGAGUCGUCAUUGGCAUCCCAGAACGCUUUCUCGCUUGUGUGACUCCGUCAUGGAACUUCCUCAUGGACUACAUUGGUGUAUAUUUUCUUUGAUUUUUAUUUAUGGGGGGGGUGUUGUUUGUGUUUUUUUGGAGUGCUGGGAGGUCUGUGCUCCUGUCCCUCCCUCCCUGUCCGUCCCUCCCCGGGGCUGUCCCUGUCCUGCAUCCCCCGGUCCGACUCGUGCCUGUCUGGAUGUGCUCCCCGUGCUCCCGCUCUGCUGCGCAGUAUUUCUCUGGCUUUAGCUGUUCUCUCGUGGGCAGGUGAAACCCAGCAGAAGGGCAAGCAGCUCUUUAGGAAGUGAGAGAUGGGUUUUCCUCAUUUUUUUGCAUUUUUUUUAAGCACUUGUCUUUUUCUCAGCUCGGUGUGAUUUGUUCACACUCGCAGUAAGACGGAGAAAAGAGAAUCAGGGGCUUUUCUUCUUUUUGCUUUGUUUCUGUGGGCUUCUCUUUGAUUUAUUUUCUUUUCAAGCUGAGACACUUGAAAAGCCCACUCCUAUCUUUGUUUCCCAUGCAAAGAUAAAAGCUUAAAAACCCGACGGCUUCAUGCCUCCGCUGCAGAGAGGAAAAUUGGCUCCGAGGCUGCGACAAGCCAAGUUUUCUGUCUUCAGGAACUAAGGUCCCAUCCUCUGGCCAGGCUCAGCCUGCACAGCAGCCCCUAAGGAAGCACUGAUGGCCACUGGCAGGAGCAGUGACCCCAGAGUGAGGCCCUGGCUGCUCUCAGUGCCCACCCCACAGAGUCCCCCCAGCUCUGCCCCGUUAGUGCCAGCAUCCCAAGCCCGAGUGCCCACCUGGGCUGGAGCCCCGAGCUGCCCCUGGCAGAGCUCUGGGGGUCCCUGGGCACUGUGCCCGUGGUUCUGUGCCCAGUCCCAGCCGGUGCUGCUCCAGUCCAGGCCCCUCCGUGGCUCCCAGAGCCCUCCAGGUCUCUUUCUCUCUCUUUUUCUCCCUCUGGAGAGUCACAGCUCUAUUUUUAAAGACCCUUCCUACAAUUUCAGCCUUAAGUACAUUUGUUUGCAAGUGCAGGAGCUUAUGGUUAAGCUUGUAAAACAGACCAUUGUCAGGAGGAGGAUUUUUUUUUUUCCUAGGGCAAAUGAGACUGUUUAACCAGAUUUAGAAGAUGAACUUGAAAUCUUUGCAGAGCUAUUCUGCAAGCUCCUUUGAAAACGUGGGAUGAAGUGAUUGAUCAUGGUAUUUGUCAUUUUCUUUGGAAUCUGAUCCACCACAUAAGCACCCCAGGACAAAGAGAAUGGAGAUACUUUUUUUUUUUUUUUUUUUUUUUUUGCCCCUAAGAAAUCCAAGUGAAUGGGAAGAGCAGAGAGUGUGAUUUCAUUGUUUCCAUGGAGCCUGUUUUAUUUCAGGGCAUAUCACAAGGGCGGCAUUAUUUUUAUUUAAAUCCCCCCAAAAAAAUAAAUCCCUCUUGACACUUUUGAAUAAUCUAGAAACUAUCAAUAACCAGCAAAGCCAGAUUAGGGUUUUGGAGAGGAGGAGUGGCCCCUCUGUGACAGGCAGCAGGCAAACACCAGGAAUCCCAAACAGGAAGCAACCCAGUUUUAUAUCAGAAAUUAUUUUUAUGCUCUUUUGUAUCUUUGCAUUUUUAUGGCUAGAUUUUAAUAUGGGGUACAUAGCAAAUAUUGUUUUGUUUCUUUAACAGAAUGGGUAUUUAAAGCAGUGCAUGAGAUGGGUUCUCGUCAGUUGACUGAAAUGUUUUACUCUUUCUGAAUGGCUGGAGAGAGGCAGAGAGAGAGAGAGAGAAAGAGAGAGAGAUUCCAAAAUGUUGUCAACAUGAUGAAAAUUUCACUUACUCCUUUUGCCUUUUUAAUUGCUUAGGGAAAAAAAAAAAAAAAAAACCAAGUAACAAGCACAUUAGUUAAGCCUGUUCAUUUACUGUUUUGUGCCUCAGAGAGUGAGAAUGAGACAUCCAUAAUUUUUAUGAGAAGAUGCUUCCUAAAUAUUCAGCACUAG